GAUAAUGUGGAUCUCCUUUUUAAGUUAUGCAAGUUUUGUUGACGACGAAUAGUGUUUGUUUAUUAUGCAUAUUUCAUAUGUAAUAUUUUUCUUCUUGGUAUUCCAAAAUAAUUCAUAUAUUUUUUAACAAAAAAAUAGUUUCAUAUUAAAACUGAAUCUAUGAAUUAAUAAUAAUUUAAAAAUAUAAACUUUAGGAAUUAAAAUUGUUACAUAGAUGUUGAUGAUUCCAUAACCAAUGCAAUGGUGUGUAGUGUUCUCUUGUUCAUCUCUUCUCUCAUCAAUCAAAAAAUGAAAAUCUAGAAACCCUAAAAGACGCAAUAUUCCUCCAUCACCGAACAAAAUGAUGAGGAAGAAAGUCCCCGAUUGGCUCAACAGUUCUCUCUGGUCAGUACCUAAAUCUCCUCCCUCCUCCGUCGCCACCGAAGACAACUCACCCUUCUACAGCCCAAUUUCACAGCCGCGCCCUCCGUCCCCUCCCGUCGUAGUUCAAGAUCCUCCGCCCGAGCAGAUAAUCGAGGAUUCUCGAUCCGAAGAUCAACAUGAUGCGCCUCCUUCUGAUUUCGAUAUCUCUCACCAGGCUCAGUUGUUGACUGAGUUGUCAAGGAAGGUGAUGGAUAUGCGGGAAUUGAGAAGGAUCGCGUGUCAAGGUGUGCCUGAUUCCGCUGGGAUACGUUCUACAUUGUGGAAGCUUUUGCUUGGAUAUCUUCCACCGGAUCGAGGACUUUGGUCAUCUGAAUUAGCAAAGAAGAGGUCCCAAUACAAACAGUUCAAAGAGGAGAUUCUCAUGAAUCCUUCCGAAAUCACAAGGAGGAUGUACAACUCCACAAGUGGUGAUGCUGAGGAUGCCGCCAAACGUGACAGGGCCUUGCUCUCUAGAUCAGAAAUCCCUCACGAUGAGCAUCCUUUGAGUCUUGGGAAGACCAGCGUAUGGAAUCAGUUCUUUCAGGAUACAGAAAUCAUAGAUCAGAUUGACCGAGAUGUAAAGCGCACUCAUCCUGAUUUCCACUUUUUCUCCGGUGAUUCAAAAUUUGCAAAAUCUAAUCAGGAGGCUUUAAAGAACAUAUUAAUUAUUUUUGCAAAGUUAAAUCCAGGUGUAAAAUAUGUUCAAGGGAUGAAUGAGAUAUUGGCUCCUCUAUAUUAUGUGUUAAAAAAUGACCCUGAUGAAGAAAAUGCAGCUUUUGCUGAAGCUGAUGCAUUCUUUUGUUUUGUUGAGCUAUUGAGUGGUUUCCGAGAUAACUUUGUUCAACAACUAGAUAAUAGUGUUGUGGGAAUUCGUUCAACUAUUACAAAAUUGUCCCAGCUUUUAAGAAAACACGAUGAGGAGCUGUGGCGUCAUCUUGAGAUGACUUCCAAAGUCAAUCCCCAAUUCUAUGCAUUUAGAUGGAUCACUCUCUUGUUGACUCAGGAAUUCAAUUUUGCCGACAGCCUUCACAUUUGGGACACUCUUUUAGGUGAUCCAGAGGGUCCACAGGAGACUCUUCUCCGGGUAUGUUGUGCAAUGCUAGUUCUCAUUCGCAAGCGCCUCCUAGCAGGGGAUUUCACUUCAAAUCUCAAGUUGCUACAAAAUUACCCGUCGACAAACAUUAGCCAUUUGCUCUAUGUUGCCAAUAAGUUUCGUGUACAGUCAGUCUAAUGGUUCUUGCCCCUCCUCACCUGCAUUUUGCUUUUUGCUUUUGUAUCUCUAAUUUAGUGUUUGAAAUUCAAUGCUUGUAAAUGACUCUAAAUCUGAGGCUACAUAAACUAUUUAUUAUUCUAGUA